ACGCAGCGGCCGGCGCUGGACUGAGGUCACUUCAGGCUCCUGCUUCGCCCGGGACCCAGCGACCGACCCCCAACCCCCCCAUUGCUCAGGGGGCUGCCGGCGUCCGGUGUCCUCACCCGCCCGCUCGCCCGCCCGCGCCAUGGGCCGGACCCUGCUCCUCGCGGGCACCUUCCUGCUCUGCUGUGCCACCGGGGGGGCGCUGGAGUGCCGUGUGUGCGAGGUGGGAAAUCCCUAUGAGGGCUGCGUGUGGGGCCAGGGGACAUGCAAGGCCCCCCCCGGGGGCGUUUGCUGGAGCCACGUCGCCACCUUCGGCCCCCUCUUCUCGCUGUCCACCCUGGGCUGCAACCCCCCCGGAACCCCCUGCGACGCUGCCGGCCUCCUCGACCCCUUCUUCGGCUUCUCCUACAACCGCACCUGCUGCAACGACACCGACCUCUGCAACGUGCCCCCCGCCCUGCCCGCCCGCUGGCCCUGGAGCUGCGCCCCCCGCGCCCUCCGUGCCUCCCACACUGGCCUGCUGGGGGUGCUGGCGCUCUGGGCCCUGCACUGAGCCAGAGACCCCCCCGCCCCUGCUCCCCACGACUCCCCCAGCACCCUGCCUCCCCAGAGACCUUACAAUAGCAAACCAGGCCCCGAGAGACCCUACAAUAACAAACCGGCCCCCGAGAGACCCUACAAUAACAAACCAGCCCUGAGAGACCCUACAAAAAUAAAUGAGCCCCUGAGAGACCCUACAAUAAAAAAACGGCCCUGAGAGACCCUACAACAACAAACUGACCUGUGAAGCCCCUGAACGACCCUACAAUAACAAACCAAUCUCUGAGAGACCCCGCCAUAACACAUUGGCCCACUCAGUCUCCAACACCCUCAAGAGAUCCUACAAAAAUAAGCUGGCCUCUGUGCAAGCCCAGCACUCAAGAAAGACCCUACAAUAACAAACCAACCUGUGAAGCUCCCCGAGAGGCCCUAGAAUAACAAAGCAGACCACAGAGCCCUAGGGCUUAUGAAAGAACCUACAAUAACAAACCAGGCCAGGCCUGUACUCAAGAAGGACUCUACCAUAACAAGCUGGCCAGCGCUGACCCUGUGCUCAGAAGACCCUACAAUAACAAACUGGAAUGUCCACAGUCCCGAGACCAUACAGUAACAAACCAGCGCUGCGACCUUAGGAGGAGCCUGACCUAAGUAAACAAAUUAAUGAGCUGA